UGCUUCGAUUAAAUCCGAUUCUGUCUAGGUCUCCUCUUCUUUACCUUCACAAAAACUCAAUUCUCUCUGCGUCUACCUACCUUACCUACAGAGAGACUAUUGAUCGGAGACGUUAUUAUCAUCAUCUCGCAACCCGGAGGUCGUCGGAAACCAAAACUCUUCAAUCUCGGAAAAUCCGAGGGGGCUUUUGUUCCUUUUGAUGGAAGAUAGUGUGGUGGAUGAUGUGAUAAAGAGGUUAUUGGGUGCCAAAAACGGCAAGACGACGAAGCAGGUGCAGUUGACGGACGACGAGAUCAAACACCUCUGCUCCACCGCCAAGCAAAUCUUCCUCAGUCAACCUAAUCUCCUCGAACUCGAGGCUCCCAUCAAGAUUUGUGGAGAUACACAUGGACAGUUCUCAGAUCUCUUGAGGCUGUUUGAGUACGGUGGCUACCCACCUGCUGCGAACUAUCUCUUCCUCGGGGACUACGUAGACCGUGGCAAGCAGAGCGUUGAGACCAUAUGCCUCCUCCUCGCCUACAAGAUCAAAUACAAAGAGAACUUCUUCCUCUUGCGUGGGAACCAUGAGUGCGCUUCUAUAAACCGUAUCUACGGGUUCUACGACGAGUGCAAGAAGAGAUAUAGCGUUAAAGUGUGGAAGGUGUUCACCGACUGUUUUAACUGUCUCCCUGUUGCUGCUCUCAUCGAUGAGAAGAUACUGUGUAUGCACGGUGGGUUGUCCCCUGAGUUGAAGCAUUUGGAUGAGAUCAGGAACAUUGCUCGUCCUAUCGAUAUUCCUGAUCAUGGGUUGUUGUGUGAUCUGUUGUGGUCUGAUCCGGACAAGGAUAUUGAAGGGUGGGGAGAGAAUGACAGGGGGGUUUCUUAUACCUUUGGGGUUGAUAAGGUUGAGGAGUUUCUUCAAAAGCAUGACCUUGACCUAAUCUGCAGAGCUCAUCAGGUUGUGGAAGAUGGGUAUGAGUUCUUUGCAAACAGGCAGCUAGUUACGAUAUUCUCGGCACCAAACUACUGUGGAGAGUUUGACAAUGCAGGUGCGAUGAUGAGCGUGGAUGAUUCCUUGACAUGCUCUUUUCAAAUCCUUAAAGCUUCUGAAAAGAAAGGAAACUUCGGGUUUGGCAAGAAUGGUAGGCGAGGAACCCCACCUCGCAAGGGUGGUGGAAAAGGUUGAAAGACAAAAUCAUGUUUCCUGGCUCAAGACACUUUGCUGCUUGAGCUGAAUGUUAUUAAUCAUCAAUCAAACUGUCAUCUUCUUCUGCUCUGGAUCACUUAUGGCAAAAGGGUUAUUCCUAUCUUUUCCCUCACCGAGUGAAUAUGAAAUUUCUGACUAUAUAAAUCUUUGUAUCUUUGAGUGAAUCUUAGAUAUUAUCUGUGAGAUACACUGUUGUUUCUUUUCCUUAAAACAUUUAAUGAAAACCCUGAUGUUCUCCUGUGA